AUGGCCGACCAUGAGCACCAGGUAUACGAGCUCACUGCAGCUACGUCUGCCUCAGAAACGGAACACGACACGAUGCCGCCGGAUGAGCUGGAGGAGACAUGCGCUGUGGAUGCGCGGUUGCACAAGAGGACGUUGAGGAAACUGGACUGUUUACUCUUGCCGUUUCUGGCGUUGCUGUUCCUGUUUAAUGCGCUGGAUAAGUCGAAUAUUGGAAAUGCAGAGUCUGCGCACUUUACGGCGGAUAUCGGGUUGGACAAGGGAGCGCUGAACACGGCGGUUGCGCUGUUCUUCGCAUUCUUCGUUGCGCUGCAACCGCUUGGUGCGGCGCUGGGGAGGAGAUAUGGCAUGGUGCUUUGGGUGCCUAGUUGUAUGCUUCUUUGGGGUGUCUGCACGGCGCUUCAUGCGUGGGUGAGGCAUAGGUGGCAGUUGUAUACGCUGCGCAUUCUCAUCGGGUGUCUUGAAGCCGGAUUCUACCCAGUCACCGUCACCUACCUCUCCCUCUUCUACACGCGCUUCGAAUUCGGCAGACGGCUCUCCUUCUUCUACGGUCAGGCGGCAGUUGGUGGUGCGCUUGGGGGCCUUAUAAGCUACCUUGUGUUCUCCCACUUCGGAAACGACGAUGGACGUUCAGACAAAGAUUGGAGGCCGUGGCAGGUGCUCUUUCUACUGGAAGGCACUCUCACUAUCGUGGUGGCAUUCAUCGGAUACUUCUGGCUACCACACAGCGUGGAGACGGCAUGGUUCCUCACACCUGAAGAGCGUCGAUAUGCGUCUUCACGUGUAGUGAGAGACAGAGACAUACAGAAUGCGCCGGCAGCAGUCCAAGAGGAUGAUCGAGAAGCGGAAGAAACCUACGAUGAGGAGUCGCGCGGUCUUCUCGACUCAUCCAAGCACUCGAUCACCUCAGCCACGCCGUCGCGACAGCUGGUCGACGAUCGUGGUCUAAGCCCUCACGACGUCCUUUCAUCAGUGUUCAACACGAAGAUAUGGCACAUCCUCGCCUGUAACGUUCUAUCUGCGAUCCCAGUCUAUGCUUUCUCUGUCUUCCUCCCGCUUGUACUGGCACCAUUGGCGAAGAAGGCGAAUCCUGCGCUCAUCAACUUGCUCACUGCACCGCCACACAUUUGCGGAGCCAUAGUACUGUACUUCGCAGCUAGCUACAGCGACAAACAUCGCAUACGGCUCAAGCCCAUACUGCUCGGCCUAUUCAUCAUGGUAACCGGCCUGGUAGUCGUGGUGCUGUUACCGUCCUCGUGGGCAAUACCCCGCUACAUUGCUCUCAACAUCCUCCUCUCUGGUACCUACGUUGCCUCUCCGCUCACUGUAGCUUGGAUUUCUGGUAACACCCCGUCACCUGGCAAGCGCGCGUUGCUGCUUGGUAUCAAUGGCUGGGGUAACCUUGCUGGAGUCAUCUCAGCGAUCCUUUUCCGACCAAAGUAUGCUGCGGGUGGCUACAUCGUGCCUUUCUGGUGGACGCUUGCAUCUGUAGCAUUAGCUGCUCUGGGUUACGUGCUUUUCCUUCGACGCUUGAAGGCUGAGAACGAGACGCGACAGAACAUCUUGCGCAAGUGGAGCGAAGACGAUGUCGAAGCGGAAAGGCUCCAUGGCAAAGGCCCGGCGCCGCAGCAACGGCGGUGGCUUAGGCGAGCCAUCAACGUGACGCGGUCGCAUGCGAAGCUUGCUUGGCUGGCUGACUGGCUUGAAAAGGCUGCGCGAUCUGGUAGGGAGGGUGACGAUAGGCUCACGUUCGUCUACGGACUUAAACCUAACCGAUUCACUUCGAUCUUCCCUUGUCUUACCACACUCACCGGCCAGCACAAGACAGAAGACGUUCCAAGCCUGUCUACCAUCGCCAAGCAAACAGAAAAGGUCUCAUCCAUCGUACCGCGGGCGCGCGACCCGUACUCAGCUUUAGACAAGGCCGCAGACGAGACGACAAAUACGACUAUGCCCAACGGUACACAAUACCACACAUGGAAGCCAGAGCCUUUGGUUCGCGGCACAUUUUCGAUACUCUCGUCUUCUCUUUUGACGAUGAUCCUGUGUGUCUGGACAUCCGUCCACUUGAACAUCCCUGAGCACGAAACGGACAAGGUGAAGGCGCAAACCUGGCGAAUCGCACCGCAAACCUGGCGGAAAUUGCUCUGGAUGGUUACAGCAAUCUUUGCUCCAGAAUGGGUGAGUCUGAUCACUUUGCCGCACGCGGCAAACGAGAUGGGGAAAACGAUGAGGAUGGCCUUCGGUCAGCCAGAAUCUCCAAGUUUCAUCACGACGUUACGGAGAAAACUCAAUCUCGUCUUGCGAUGGUUCUCUGAUAUCCUGAAAUGGAUUAAACUCAAGAUAAGACCGAUCGAACAAGUUAGGCAACCUAUCCAGCAGGAGGAUGUGGAGCUUGAUUCCAAACCUAAGAGAUACCCUUGGACACGGGCACACUCCCUAUACGCCACGAUGGGCGGCUUCGUCGUCGAUACUCGGGAUCUGGGUCUGAACUACCUUCCCGAUGGUCGACAGAGGAUAACACUAAAACGGCAUGGUCUCAAGUUCCUCGCUGACAACACACCUGAUAUUGUCCCGGAUCUACCCGAAUCUGCGAUAGUGGACAAGAGCAAGGCAAAUGCAUUCACGAAGCUUGUGACAUGCGGACAAGCGCUAUGGUUUGGCUUACAGUGUGUAACACGGUCGGCUCAAGGCCUUUCCAUCUCGCUACUCGAGAUCAACACCGCUGUACACGCUAUCUGUACCUUGAUCAUGUACUUUCUUUUCUGGUGGCACAAGCCUCUUGAUGUUGAAGAGCCGACCAUUCUCACACAUGCAGACACACAUCCAGUGAUUGCACUCCUACUUAUUAGUCAGAUGCAUCGAGACGUUCACGUCUCACCCAUGGACUUGGAGGACGACAACGCUCUUGGCUUAUUCCCCGACUCUGGAACAGCGAUCCACCACCCCAACUUGAACCAUAUCUUGCUCAAACCAUCGAAGGACCCGAGAUUUCCGCCGCCACUUUAUGUCGUAUAUUACGGGUUUGCUAUUCCCAUGUCCAAAUCUGUUUCGUUACAAAUCGUCGAUCAUUUUACCGAAUCAGACUUCAAACGCUUGAAGCUCGCUUCGGAAGCUAUCAGAAAAUAUGGGUCGCACGAUGAAACUCUCCGUCGCACGAUUCCGUACGUAGGAAGAGACUACUACUUGAAUGUACGUUCGCGCAAUCGGCCCAUUUCAACAAAUACGGAUUUGGACGUGGAACUUUUCCAGGCCGUCGGAUUUCCUCUUGCUGGUCUCUUCUACGGCGGUGUACACCUUCUAGCUUGGAACCGGCCUUUUCGCAACGAGACAGAGAAGCUGCUGUGGAAGAUAAGCAACUUCACCAUUCUGUUAUCAGGCAUCCCAGUGGUGGUUCUGAAUGUUUUCUAG